AAGCAAGUCUGUUUGACUUCAGUGGGCGCAAACUGGGCGCAUGUAGCCAAACUGCGUAUGCGUAAAAGUGGGCCAAAAUGUUCCUCGUCCUGCUCCUGGGGCUCUACGCGGCCACAGGUGAACUUCUCUCCCCAGUGAGCUCCUGCCCGUCGCAGUGCAGCUGUUUUUACCACAACUUGAGUGAUGGAUCAAAGGCCAGGAGCGUGAUUUGCAAUGAUCCCGAGAUAUCUCUUGUGCCUGUCGGGUUUCCUGUUGACACGUCCAAGCUGCGGAUUGAGAAGACGGCCAUCCAGCGGAUACCGAGCGAAGCCUUCAACUACCUCUCUAGUCUGGAAUUCCUGUGGAUGUCUUUCAACACACUGUCCGCCUUGAGCCCGGACAGUUUCCGGGGACUGCUCAACCUGGAAGAGCUUCGUCUGGACGGGAAUGCCCUCACCGCCUUUCCCUGGGAAUCUCUCAUGGAUAUGCAGAGUCUCAGACUUCUCGAUUUGCACAACAAUCAGCUCCCCUCGCUGCCAGCGGAGGCCACCACUUACAUCAAAAACCUCACCUACUUGGAUCUGUCCAGCAACAGCUUGCUGACCCUGCCGACUGAGGUGCUUUCCACCUGGCUGGCGGCGAAACCUGUGCAAGGUCCAGAGAGCUCCAAGAUGAUACUUGGUCUGCAUGACAACCCCUGGGUGUGUGACUGUCGGCUCUACGACCUGGUCCAGUUCCAGAAGUCUCCGACUCUUUCAGUGGCAUUCAUUGACACGAGGCUGAGGUGUUCAGCACCGGAAAGUGUAUCAGGGGUCCUGUUCAGUGACGCAGAGUUGCGGCGCUGUCAGCUCCCACGUAUCCACACAGCUGUGGCACGAGUCCGGAGCGCUGUUGGGAACAAUGUGCUGCUCCGCUGUGGCACCAUUGGAGUCCCCAUCCCAGACCUGUCAUGGCGCAAGGCAGAUGGGCGACUCCUUAAUGGAACAGUCCAGCAGGAAACCUCAAAGGAGGGAAUCACCUGGUCCAUCCUCCGGGUCCCAGCUGUGUCCUAUCGGGAUUCAGGGAAAUACAUCUGCAAGGCCACUAACUAUGCUGGGAACGCUGAAGCUGUCAUUUCUCUCAUUGUCUCUAACUCACCAAAACCAGAGGGGAACCAAACCAGCAAUGACAAGAAAGCCAAAGUCAAGAAACCCAACCCGGUGGGCAAAGCUGCCUACCAGGAGAAACUGGUGGCAAGAUAUGUGGUUCCAACCUCCACACCUUCAUCACUGCCUGCCCUGGAUCCAGGCCUUCCACCUGGCCUUGGUCCUGAUCCUGGACUAGCCAGUUACAGCCUAGCUGACAGAGCAACCCCCGGGCCUGCCACCUCCUCCAACCCAGAUGCGCUGCUGGAUCUGGAGAAGACUAAUCUAAGCAACCUGGCGGCCAACACGUCAUCGCUGCAGCAGGACCCGGACAGGGUGGUCCGCUCAGUAAAAGUGGUGGGUGACACAGACAAUAGAAUUUCUUUGAACUGGAGAGCCCCUAAGGCCAAGAACACAACAGCAUUUAGUGUGCUGUAUGCUGUGUUUGGAGAGAGGGACAUGAGGAAGAUCAAUGUUGGGGCGGGACACAACCGUGUUACCAUCAACGGGCUGGUGCCCAGGACCAAGUAUAUUGCCUGUGUGUGUGUGAGGGGGCUGAUCCCCAAGAAAGAGCAGUGCGUCAUAUUUUCCACUGAUGAAGCAGCCAGUGCCACUGGGACCCAGAGGUUGAUAAAUGUGAUUGUGAUCACAGUGGCCUGUAUAAUUGCGGUCCCGCUCACUGUCAUCGUGUGCUGUGGGGCUCUGAAGAGACGCAUUCAGAAGUACUGGGGAAAGAAAUCCAAGGACAUCCAAGAUUCAUACGUGACCUUUGAAACGCUGUCGCCUGGCACGAAGGCCAAAGGGCUCGAGGGGGAGUAUUUGAACAGACUGAACCCAGAGGAGUCCAACAGGCUGCUCUCAGCCCGCUCCAGCUUGGACUCUGAGGCAACAGCUAAGAUAGAGGGACAGCCUAACGAGUACUUCUGCUGACAUCAUGCUCCAGCUCCGGCUCCUGCUCCACACCAUCUUCCUCGCACGUACCUGCAUCCACGUCCCGGUCA